AUGGAGGAAGUGACACGCUCACAGUUGUCAGCAAGCGAGACCGAAAAGGGGGUCCAGACACCGCCAGAGGGGACAACUGAUGGUACUCACCUGUCGAAUAUCCACGAUGGCGCACCCCCUCCGAUGGAUGGCGGAAUGAACGCAUGGCUGUUCCUAGCUGCUUGUUUCGCUAUGGAGGCUCUCGUUUGGGGAUUCGCAUUCACAUACGGCGUGUUCCAAGCAUACUACAGCGAUAUACCCCAAUUCAAAGAUUCUGGGAAUAUCGCCGUCGUGGGAACUUGCGCUAUGGGAAUCAUGUAUCUCGACAUCCCCCUCGUUUUCGCCGCCUAUAGACAAUGGCCUAGAUAUCAACGCCUCGGCUGUGGUCUCGGUGUGUUGAUGAUGUGUGCCGCUCUCGGCCUCAGUUCCCUAGCCACAAACACCAACCACCUUAUCAUAACCCAAGGCAUCUUCUACGCCAUCGGAGGCAGCAUCGCCUACGCCCCCUGUAUCCUGCUGAUGGAAGAGUGGUUCGACCGACGAAAAGGCCUCGCCUUCGGCGUCAUGUGGGCCGGCACUGGACUCGGCGGCGCUGUCCUACCUAUCGUUAUUGAACAGUUGCUCGGCAAGUACGGGUUCCGUAUUACACUACGUGGCUUCGCAGUUGUGCUAUUCGUCCUGACCGGACCGCUGGUCUACUUCGUGAAGCCGCGCGUGCUAAUCCCCGCGAGUCGACCCAGUCCACCUCCCCCGAGCUUUCGGUUCUUGUUUACAUCCACGUUCGCUCUCUUCCAGUUCUGCAAUACCAUUGAGGCUCUUGGUUUCUUCUUGCCGUCGCUUUACCUCCCGACGUACGCCGGUAUGCUCGGAGCUUCGACGUCCCUCCAGGCUCUGACUGUUAUCCUCUUCAACUCAGCAUCGGUCGUCGGCUGCGUGCUUAUGGGCGCUAUUAUCGAUAAGUUCGACGUCACCAUUUGUAUCCUGGUCAACACCAUCGGAUCCACUCUUGCCGUCUUCCUCAUCUGGGGGUUCUCAAUGUCUCUGGCUCCACUCUUCAUUUUCUCCAUUGUAUAUGGCCUUUUCGCAGGCUCUUACACUAGUACCUGGCCCGGUAUCAUGCGUGAGGUGGUUAGCCAGAAGCCGUCGGCGGAAUCGAGCAUGGUCUUUGCGUCUCUUGCGGCUGGAAGGGGUAUUGGGAACUUGGUUUCCGGUCCCCUUAGUGAAGCGCUUGUCGAGGGCUUGCCGUGGGAGGGAAAUGUUGGAUGGGGAUAUGGUAGUGGAUAUGGAUCAUUGAUUGCUUUCACGGGUGUCACAGGUGUUGUGGGUGGUGGGAGCUACCUUGCAAGACGUAUGAAGUGGUUGUAA